CCGGCGCGACUGCCCUGAGGUGGCCGCACGACGCGCUCGCGCGUCACUCGUUCUCGCGCGAGGAAAAUACGCUCCUCACGACUCGGCGCGCACGUCGGCGCAUUCGCGCGAACGCGAGUCACGCGCGAGCAGCUCGCGAGGAAAACCUGCGGCGCGUUGUGUCGAUAACUUCCCUUCGUCCUUCUCGAGGAGGCACGAGGAGAGUCGAUCGAGUGCUCAGUGAAAAUUCCGGGUCCCAGAGGUGUUAACACGCGAUUGAAUAUCGUUCAGUGCGGAGAGAAAUUUUGAGGAGAAAGAGAAUUCGAAGAGGAAUAAUAUGAGCAUUUUGGCGGCAAGAACGAGAAGGAGAAAGUUAACGAACAAGUAAAUUUAAAUUGAUGCAUGAGUACUGAUUGAAUCUGAUGUUGGUCGACGGGAUUGUAUUCAGAUGAAUGACAAAUCAGGAAAUUAAAUGUCCGCGCAGUUGAUUCGGAAGGAAUAGCGAACGUUGAUCGAUUUUCGUAAAUUGAAUUUGGUCAGCGUACGAAAAUUAUAUUCUGAUAGAAAAAACUCUCUCUCUCUCUCUUUCAAUUGGAUUGACCUAGUUAGUAGUGACAGUUAAAAGAAAAUUGUAUAACAGAUAUUAAUGAAAUCAAGCUAACACAUACAAAUGAGUUAAUAAAACAAAAGAUACAGAAGGAACAUCCACUUAGACCUACAUUGCCGUUGCAAAUAGCGUACGUUUUAUUGUGAAGCACCGGAAACAUUUCUCGGGGAGCAGCAACCAACAUCGUCGAGCAAUCAAGGCAGCGGUUGAAUAAAUUGGAUCGGGAAUAUUGCAAGAACUGCGAGAGAAAGGGAGAACGCGCAAAAAAACUCAUCAUUAAGCUAAAUCGCGAGGAAAAAGUUUCCUUUCCAUGAAAAAGAAAAGAAACGAUAAAUCUGCGAGGGACGUUGCACGUAAUCUUCCAUUUCAGAAAGGGUGUGUGGAAGUUUCAAAGCACCGGCGUAUUCGUGAUAAAUUGCUUGCCGUUCAUCUGAAAAAUCGAAGAGAACGAUCGACGUUUUUCUGCGAUCUUUCGGCCGAAGUCGGAUAUGUUGGAAAUUUGGAUUUGUCAGCGCAAACUUUUCCACGAAACAGAUCUCGAUGAAAGAGAAAAGUUAUACGGUCGAUUUCAGACGCGUUUUCUUUUCAUGCGCACCUGCAUGAAAAAUAGACGAGUUUUCACUGCGGUGAACAAUGAGCAUUUUUAUGUGAAAGUGACGAGAUUAUGACAGCCUAUGGAAAGAAAGAGACUCAUGUGAUUUUCACGGAUAAGACGAGGAGCUGCCUGUGAAACGGAAGUCCGUCACGAGGAAUACUAAUUAACCCAGUUCUUCCCGAAAUUACAUUAACAAAACAGCGUACGUCUUAAUUCACCGCAUUAUCGCCUCGCGUUUCCUUAAUUAAUGCGUACUGUCGUCACGUCCAUCAAUUACAAGAAAAAGUUGAACGAAUUUAUGAACGUGAACGAAUGCACUUCAACGAGCAAAGCUAUUGGGUCUCGCGAGAAAUUAGCGCGGGAAAUUGAAGAAACUGGUUCGGAAUAAACAACGCUGCAUCCUAAUAAAGACAGAUUAAUGAACUUAGCAAUCUUAUGAAGUGCUCAUAAUAUCCAGCGCAACAGCUGCGGUUCGCCUCAUCAACGGGUCCCUCUUUCUCGCGUGAAAGGGAGAAUCGCGCUGACGCGCGACGAAAGGACCUCUAAGUUGAAGAGGAAAUUGCGUCCUGGGUGGUCCUUACUCGAAACCUCAGCGUGUACGUCUUCCUCGUGAUUUCGGUGGACGCCAGUUUAAUUUCUAGAUCGCAGACCGGCGAUUAUAGUAAUCGACGCCGACUAUGGGCGAGAGAAACCCAUCGAAGAGCGCGUGUUAUCCGAAGCGACACGCAUCGAGGUAGAAAGAGCAGCCGGGGCCCCAUCGAUAACUCGUCGGAGGGGACCAUCCGAGGGUGAGAAAAGGGGACUCGAGGAACUCGUAUCUGCGAAAGUAUCCGUCAGAAAUGGUCAGCCAACACGCGAUGGCCACCACCGUCCGCAAAGUCAAGCAGGAGAAUCGUCUCAGGCGGCAGAAUCAGAGCCAAGAUGAAGAGAAUCUUUACAAGCCAGUGCCCCCACCGAAGCCGGUGCCAAACAAUCAGAAGAGCCACCGGGAGAGUCAGCAGGACGAGUCGCGGGAGCAAGCGGUAAUCGAGCGUUCGUCGUUGCGGGCGAUUUCCGGUCCAGAAAGGAUCAGCAUCGCGGAGAACGGGCAGAUUCGAAGUGCAGCUGAGCAGCCCUUCACACCGGAAUACAGGAUGCCACCCUUGUACGGGGAGGAGCAGAGUUCGGGUCAGGCUCAGCAAGCAGCCAGUUUGCAGACUCACAGCAGCAAAUUCCCAAUAGAACGCGAGUUGGUCUUAUCGUCAGGCGACAAGAACUCGAAGAUACCCAUUCUUCACGAGUACAAACAAAGGACCGCCGGAAGAGUAGCCAUCGCACCAGAUGCGCCGAUCAAGCAACAGGCCUGGGUUCAGGAAGGAACUCAGAUGCAGGAAGUAAGGCAGGAUGGCCAAGCGAGGAACUAUCAGUCACAGGACACCUACUCAUCUGCAUCCGGUGGAGCAGUACCGAGAACUGCGAAGAUCGACGAGGAAAAGACGAAAUCGCUCUCCAGGACCUAUCACACCAUCAAGGAUAUGAUAUCGAGCCGCUUCGGACCGAGCCGCAAAGAUGUCGAGCCGGAACCGGAAGCCAGCCUGAACAACGUCACGGAGGAGUUGCGAAAGUCGAGCAGAAGCAUCGACGAUGAUGAAGCCAGGAAGAAGGAAGGCAUUUAUGGGAAACCACGCGCGCAGGAACCGACAGUGAACGUACAACAAUAUUCGAAAAACGCUUACGGUCAAUAUGGUCACUCAUAUGGCUAUCAAAGCAACCAGCAAAAUGUACCAUUGCCAGGCCAAUUGCAGCCGACCACGACCAUUCAACCGAAUUUACCGGGACAGAGCGCUCAGCUUCAUGUGACCCACCAUACGCCGCCAGGAGGAGUCCAAACAGUUCAUCAAACUCAAGUUCCUGCUUUCGGUCAAGCCACGACAGCAGGUGCGCAGCAGGUGCAGAAUGUUACAAGGGAAUACGUGGUUCAAGCACCGAGCGGUGUGACCAGCCAGCAAAUGCAUCAGGGAAUUCAUCAAAAUCCCACGCAAGGACAGGGCCAAGGCGCGCAAGUACAAAAACCUCACGGCCUAUCUGUGCAGCAGCAUCAAGUGGGCAACGCGAUGCCUCCGACAAGUCCGAGUUUCCAGAGCCCGCAGCAGUUGCUCCACCAGAAUCAAAAUCAUCAUCAGAGUCCGCGAUUCGCGCAACAGCACGCACAGAACAUGCACCAGCGUCAACUGAUUCAGCAGCUGCAUCAGCAGCAAAUGGCCAGCCAACAAGGUUCACAAACGGCGAGCAUGCGAAACAUACAGCAGCAGUAUUUCUCCAACAGUGUUUCGUAUCAGCAAUAUCAGCAAGCCAGACAGGUGAUGUCGAGAUCGCAGAUCGACCUUCCGAGCACGUCCAGACAGGCACAGGAACUCAGAAUGUCCGGUCAGGAAGUCUACUAUCACUAUGCCCAGGGCAGACCCCGGUAUGGCGUUCCCCAAGUGUACAUGAAAACCGAGAGCAAUCAGGAAGCGGAAUUCCAGAGGCGGAAUUCUACGAAGGGCAUCGAGAAAGCGGCCUCACAGCCUCAGCUUUGCUAUGAGGACGAGCGAAAUGCUGAAACGUCGAAGAAUCCCGCAGAGAAUAUGAAGAAUCUCACGGUGGAUCCGCUGGCCAAGGAGAAGUAUGAGAUUACAGUGGAGGAUCGAACUCAGGGUGAAUCGGGAAGAAACGGAUUACAGAGAAACGAAGAGUAUCGUCCGGAGACCAGUUUCGGCAUUCGGAGGGACGAAAAUUCGAGGGGCUCGAAGAGAGAACAGGAGCAGAGGUCAAAUCAAGAAGGAGGCCAAGAUUCGACGGAGGGAAACUCCGUGCAGAAGAGAAUCGAGGAGUUGCAGAAGAAAGCGGAGCAGGAAGGUCACUACAAUUCCAAACCAUCCAAGGAUGAUGGAACGGACGGCUUGAGAGUCGGCCUGGCCACGAAGAUGAUUGGCGAGGCAUCGAAGAGGCUUGAAGCUGGACAAUAUAGCGGCAAAGAGUCUGCUAUGAAAUCGGAUAGCAGGAAAGACGAUCUGGAGCAAGGUAUCGGCCGACUAAAGAUUCAGAAUCAAGGCUCGGGAUCGGAUUACGACAAGGCCGGUCAGAGUUCUUCAAACGUCGAUUCCGGAAGAGGUUCUGCGGUUUACUCAAGCGGAAGACGCCCGCCACCCGACGAUCAAACUUUGGCACAAGUACAAGAUUCUGAAUGGGUCGACAUAGUGGAGUCGGAAUUGAGGAGUAUUUUGGAGCCCAGAGAUGUUCCAGCAAUGGCGCAUUCCACUCUAUCCGAAAGCGUAUCCUCGGUGACACCACCUUUGCCUCCGCUGUCACCGCAUGGCAGUCCACGUACGUCGCGAAAUCGAUACUCAACGAGUUUACCAUAUGGAUCGAAACCAAAUUACAGCGAUUAUAACAAGACUAUGGAGAAGAGAGGUUUCUCGAGCAACACGAAACAUCGCGGCGCUUCGACAUCCAAGAAGGAAGUCGCGAAGAAGUUUUCUCAUCUUUUCGGAGUAGAAGCUGCCGAUUUAACGUCCACCACGACGGGACUCGAUUUAGAUUCCAUGUUGGACAGAAGCGAUUCUGAUCUCAGUACCACUGACGCAAGGACGAUCAGGAAACAGUUGGAAGGAUUAGAAAAUAUGUACAGCGAAGUGCUUAAAUUACUUGGCGGGAGUGUGAAAAAGAGACGAAAGGCGAGGGGACUUACAAGUUAUGGUUCAGUUUCAUCGUUGCCGACAUCCUCUGUAUCGUCCAGGCCUGUCACGAGGCAUCACGACAAACGUCGAUCUCACGUAAUUGAUGAUAGAAUGAAGAAAGCCAAAGAUAUUAAGAGCAUCAACAAGCGCUUCCAGCGAUUGGAAUCGCAUGUAGUAACAUUGGCAAGAUCAGUGGCGCAUUUGAGUUCGGAAAUGAGGACUCAGCAUCUGAUGAUACAGGAAAUGGAGAGCAUAAAGUGCGAGAUUGCGGCUCUCAGGACGCAAACGAGCAUGGCAAUGGUGAGAUCGCAGUCGCAACCCCUAAUCAAGGACUCGGAACUACCAGCUCUUUCCAAUCCUUCGAGAGUAAAGAAACUGACCAAGUUUUUCGGCACGGAGCCACCCCUCAUCAGACUCUUCCUGAGGGAACUUGGGUAUGAGAAAUAUGCCUCUGCCUUUGAAAAAGAAAAAGUUGGAAUGGUAGAACUGCCUUAUCUGAGCGAGGAGAGAUUGCAGAAGAUGGGAGUUCCUUUGGGUCCGAGGCUGAGGAUCCUUCAAGAAGCAAGGAUCUCGGUAUGCAAGGAUCCGAUUUACGUAGUGUGAAUUAUAUGGCUGAAGCUCUACUGGAGCGUUUUACGAACAAAAACUUUUUUGUCCUUUCAUUGACUGAAGCGUUAAAGCACUCUUUAAGAGGAACCGUUGAAAAUGAGGUACGUCACAAUUUGGGUGACAUUUUUUACAUGUUUCCACAAUAGCCUGAAAGUUGCGAUUCUUAAAAGGAAUGUGCGUUAUUUUCUGUAGACAUCUGUAGACUGACAAAUUCCAUCGUGAGUUUAUCACAGUUUAAUUUCAUCACUUCCGCAUUAUAGUUUUGUCUAUCAUUCUAAACUGAUAAUGCAUUUCUUCGAAACAAUCUUGUUUAUAUAACGAAAACAUAAGUUUGAAAAUCUAAAGUUAAA